GUAUUUCCUUGAAAUAAAAAAGAAAGUAGAAACUUUGUGCAAUCAGUGACGUAUAACACGUCACUAGUGCAAUGAAUACACACACUGUGCAAUGAUACUACAGUGUACACUAGCAUGACCAGACGUCAGGAAAAUGCCAGGAAGAAGAAAGAAAGGCUACGGGGGUACUUACCGACGAAGCAGCAACAAUGCAAUAAACCUAGCAUUCACAACUGCAAAGUAUGGUCAUUCCAGACCUUCAUCCCUCUCAAGACGCAGUUCUAUAUCGGAGUCAUUAUCUUCCUAUACAGCUAAUGAAUUCAAUGGCAAUGAUAGUGAUUACAUGGACACAGAUAUUGAUUCUGAAAUGGAAUUCGAAAUUCAUGACCCACCUGAAUUUGAACUUUCUGGGGAAAGUGAGGGUACUUUUGAUGAAACCGAUGACGAAUUGACUACUUCUAGAUUUCAAGAAAGUUGCCAUCUUUAUUCUAGUGAUGAAAAAGAGCAAUGUGGAAUUCUAGAGCAAGAUAUUAUGCAGAAUGGCUUGGAGCUUUCAACUGCAUAUGAUAUCGAAGACAAGAAAGAGAGAAAACAAUUUUAUGAUGAAAUGAUUCCAACAGAGAACUUAGAAAAACUACUAAAAUGCAAUCCACAUCAGUACAAGCGCUGUAUAUUUAGAGUUGAAAGUUCUCACGAAUCCAUUUGCAAGGUUCUCGACCAACCCGACAUAGAUGGCCUGGAGGAAAUUCAGAUAUCAGGAAGAUCAAAAGCUGGAAAAGCUUUUGAUCUGGACAUUGUUUUGGUAGAAGUGUACAAUUAUGAAAAAUACAAACAAGAAUUCAUCAGUCGAUACCAAAGAGAUAUCAACAAAAACAACAAACUGCACAAAAUUUAUGGAAGAGUAGUAGGCAUAUUUGAAAGGAAGAAGGCAAAACGUAUUGCUCAUCCAGUUUUUGUCUGUGUUCUUGAUGACACAUCAAAUUUUCUUGUGAGACCUGUAUGUAGAACUGUCCCAAAACUAAACUUAAUUCACGAUCAUGAUAAUCCAAACGUCAUUCUUGUUCACAAAUAUUUCCCAAAGUCUUCCUGUAUCAAAUUCCAUUAUCAGUUCAAGAUUGAUCCAAGAAUAAUUAAAAGUUUCACUUUUCUGGUUGUUUACAUUAGAUGGACCAAUUCAUAUCCAUAUCCUUUAGCUGCAGUCAUCAGAGUAAUGAAAAUAGAGGAAAAUCGUUCAUCUGCACUACAAAAUCUUCGACUUCAACACCAAGUGCCGAAAUACUACCAGGAAGAUACUGUCUCAGAGACUGAAAGAAAAGUUCGUGAAUUUGAAACAGAGAAAGUAAAACAAGACAAAGGUAGGGAAGACUUGACAGCUCUGCGAAUUUUUACCAUUGAUCCUACAAAUUCCAAAGAUCUCGACGACGCAUUAGGCAUUGAAAGAGUAGGUGAAAACUAUCGUAUAGGUGUUCACAUUGCAGAUGUCGGCGCUGUCAUCAGUAAAGGUGAUGCUAUAGAUUUGGAGGCUCGGGAAAGAGCAUGCACAUUUUACCCGGGACAAGGCAUCAAUCCCUAUCAUAUGUUACCUGAACCAUUCGGUACUAACAUAUGUAGCCUUCUUCCAGGCGUGCCUAGACCGGCAAUAACAGUUUUCUUCACGCUGAACAGGAAAGGAAUGAUGGUGACAAAUUUUGAGGUUAAGAAAACUACCAUUCUUUCAUCAAAGCAAUUCACAUAUGAAGAAGUUCAAAAGAUUAUUGAAGAGAAUAAUUCAGUCGAUGAACUGGCCAAGGACAUUUUACUCAUGUUUAAAAUAGCGAAAAUGCUUCGUUCUAUUCGCAUGCAAAAUGCCAUGUUUUAUUUCCCAGUGGAAACAAAGCUUAAUGAAUCACAAAACUCCGUAUUGAAAUCUAAAGAAGCACACUAUCUUGUUGAAGAAUUCAUGAUUUUAGCCAAUAUGUCUAUAGCACAGUAUAUAUGGAAGGUAUUCCCAAACAAUUUACCCGUGCGUUGCCAGGAGGCUCCUUCAAAAGAAAUGGUGAAAAGAUGGACAGAACAAAAUAGCCCCAUUCUAAACAUGGUGCUGAGAUUGCAGGGGAUUGACCCAUUGAGGAAUAAUGAUAGAUUGGGGCUGCAUCAAAUCCAGGCAGUGAUUAGAUACAGACAUGUCUUGCCAUUUCAGAAGUGGAUUUGGGAAAACCUUUCUGGGUAUAUAAGAAACAACGAUAUGGAAACAGCAGCUAGGUUGGUUUGCACAGAUGAGCUCCAUCCAAUGCAAUGCUUGGCAUUGGAGGAAUGGAUAUCUUUUCAAGAAACGGCUUCCUAUAGAUGUACUGGGACUGCGAAAAAAGAAGAAAUAUUUCAUUUUUCUUUAAAAAUGAACUUGUACGUUCAUUUUACAUCACCUAUAAGAAGGUAUCCUGAUCUGAUGAUAAAUCGACUGAUUCAUGCAGCUCUGGAGAAUACCGAGUGCCCAUAUUCAGUACAGGAAGUAGAUGCUCUCUGUGAAGGAAUUAACAGAACAAUGCGUAGAGCAAAACAAUUCCAAAAACAAUGUCGAAUUAUGUUUUGGGGAUUUCAGUUGAGAAAAACACCACAGAUUCUGCAUGGCUUUGUGAAAGACUUUUCAGAAAAGUCCAUUUCAAUAGUAAUACCUGGAUUAAGAUCACUACCAGUGUAUUGUAAAGAGAUCCCACUCAAUUUACUUCAUUUGAGCGAAAAACCGAGUGUAUCCAAGAAACAAGAUCCAAAAGACGACCUUAUGCAUCUGAAGUGGUUGCAGAGGCUUUAUGAUGUUACUGGAAAACCUAUUAACAGGGUAGGAUGGUUAUCACCUGAAGCUAAAGCAAAGGUUUGCAAGCAACUAAAUCCACACACAAGAGCAAGAUUUAUAACCCAGGAAUCUUGGAAAACUAUUUUGAAAAUGAUUAUAGAUGGGAAACUCUUGGAUCUUAGAAGAAUGUUGACUUCGAGACAAUCUGAAGAUUCGUUUGGUUUAGAUGAAGAUAAACAUGGCUUUGUAGAUACUUGUAAAAAUACAGUUCUUGAUCACUCAUCAGAAGUGGAGAGUGGGAAUGUUAUCAAACAAGGAUGCGAGUACAGCAUGUCUUUUUCCCGUGGACAAAUAGUGUGCAUUCAAAUUUCAGCAGAACCACAAAGAGGGAUUUUCAUUCCAUCGAUGCAGCUAUUUGAUAUGACCAACAGCAUAAAAUAUUGCCUUCAACAUACACGUGAUCCAAUCAAAUUUCUCUCGAAAUAUUCCAUUCUGAAACCACAGAUGAUAUACCCGUCCACAACAAAAUAUUUGACGGUUUGGUUGCCAUUGCUGGAAAUGGAAGCAGUUUCAUCUGCGGUUGAGGAUAGUUCCUAUACAAUUAACAAUGUGCAAGUCAAAUUUGAUUCAGAAAGAUGUGGUCACUUUUUUCUUUCACGAAGAUUCUGUGACCAAAGAGAUAUAGAAUUUAGCAGAAUGUCAGAGAAAUUUAUAUUACAAGGCGAAGAUGCAUCUGAUCAAGAGGUAUUUAAGAACUGCAGCUUUCUGUGUCUACGAUCCGAACAUGUGUGCAAAAAACCAGUUGGAACUAAAACGGUUUGCUCCAAAGAUCCCAAUGAUAAAAUUAAUUGGAUCCUUCACGGACAAUUAACUGGAGUUGAAAGGAUAAAAAAUACGCAGCAAUCGGCAGACACUGCGCAACCCCAACAACAAAAUAAAACUACCAAGAGUAGCUUUAAAGUGAUGUUUAAUCUGCAUAGUGACAGCAACAAUCCAAGUGAUGCAAUGCUGUACGAUGAAAAGCCAUCACUUUGCUCUGUAGAAAUAAUUCCAAAAUCCGAAACAGACACACGUACAGAAGCCAUACUUCAGUGUCUCGGACAGUCGACUGAUCUUGCAAAGAAAGUUGCAUUAAACAAAGGAAAACCCAUACGAUUAAACUCUUGGUAUUAUGGUAUAGCAAGCCAAACGAACAUAGAACUAAACAUUCCAAACAUUGUGCAGAACAAUGAAUUCCAGAAAAAAGCAAUAAAGAAUGCUUUGACUUCCCCAUUCAGUUUGAUACAUGGACCUCCAGGCACUGGGAAAACCCACACUGGCAUAAAGCUUGUUUACCUGUUCGACAAAAUUAAUACCAAGAUGCAGGAAGAAGGUCAUGAGAGAAUGCAAGUGGUGUUUUGCGGACCAAACAAUAAAUCAGUGGACCUUGUAGCAAAGUGGAUGCUUCAGAAGUACGCCAAGGAGUGUCCAAAUAUCGUUCGACUUUAUGGGAAUUCUCUGGAACACAAAGUCUUCCCAACACUUGGUAAACAUUUUUCAAAAAGGGCUUCCGCAAGAGAAUACAGACCGGAUCCAGAGCUGAAGGACAUAUCAGUGCAUAAUCUGAUGCGGUUAGAAGAUAAACCGCUCUCUGAGGAAAUACGAAGGUUCGACGAAUUGUUUCGCAAAUACGAGGCAGGGGAAUACGAACCAACUUUGGGAGACUUAAAGAAGUACAGACGCCUAACAAGCGAAGCAUCACAGAUGGAAGUCAAGCAGCAUCAUGUUAUUUUCUGCACAACGGCAGUUGCGGCAAGUCCAAGAUUGAUAAAAGCUUGCAGUGGUAACAUUCAGCAGCUUAUCAUAGAUGAAGCAGGAAUGUGCACUGAACCAGAGAGCCUUGCUGCCAUUAUCGCAACCAAAGCAAAGCAAGUAGUUUUGAUUGGUGACCACAUGCAGCUCCAGCCGGUGUUGAAAUCUAAAUACGCAGCAGAACUAGGUCUAGAAAAGUCUUUAUUUGAAAGAUACUCAAAUCGAGCAAAUAUGCUUCGAAUUCAAUAUCGUAUGCAUCCAGGAAUAUGCGAGUUUCCAUCAAAUCAAUUUUACGAAGGUAAACUUCGGACAGAGUCUUCUCCGAAGUGGGACAUCCCGAACCCUUUGAAUAUAUGGAUCAACAGAGAGAAGAUACCAAUUGUUUUUUGCCAUGUGGAAGGCGAAGAAGAAUAUUUAACAGUAUCCACUGAGGAAGGGAAUGAACAAUCUUGUAGCAAUAAACACGAAGUAAACAAAGUGGUCAAGGUAUUGAAGCAUUUGAUACAGCAUGAAAAACUUGACUUAAAUGACAAAGAGAAUCUGAAUAUAAUGUCCCAGUACAACGCUCAGUGUCAUCAGAUCCGAGCGGCCGUGUCCAAAAUAGCGGAGGGAAUUAAUGUGAACACAGUGGUGGCCAGUCAGGGUGGAGAGUGGAACUACGUCAUUUUCAGUACAGUUCGGUCUUUGCCGCGCUAUCGCAUAGAAAAUAACCCCACCUUGGGAUGGUGCAAAAAGAGCCUUGGAUUCAUUUCUGAUGGACAUCAAAUAAACGUCGCUCUGACCAGGGCAAGAAGGGGACUAAUUAUUAUAGGAAACAAAAAUCUACUGUCUUGUGAUUCUGUGUGGAAAAAUCUUAUUAAUCAUUACGCUAGACUGGGCUGUGUUGUGGAUGAAACGGAAGAUUUUCCCACAGUUUCACGGGAUGGAAGAUUUCCUAAAAGAUCGCAAUGUCAAAGGUUUCCCAAAUCGGCUGAAUCUCAUCAAUCGACGUCUAGGAGAAAAGCGAGUCAGAAACAAAGGGGGGUUGAAAAUGAAGAUGAUUUUUACAAAGGAACAGACCAAGAAGAGGAUAUGCACCUUCGACAGUUGCAACAAGAGUAUAUUUUAUAUUCUCGAGAUUAGCUUUGAUCUGUGAUAUAUUAUUUGCCUGUAAAUUUUUGUUGAAUAGAAAAUGUUGAAGUAUUUUUCUUAUUUUGUAAUGAAUGAAGUACCGGUACAUGUCACAUAGAAGAAUUAUAAAACGUAUCUCAUCUAUUUACAUAUGAUUUACCAGUACAUAUAAUGAUUUACCGGUACAUGCAUGUUAUGAUUUACCGGUACAUGUAAUGAUUUACCGGUAUACAUGUAUGUAAAUUUUUAGUGGUACAUGUAAUGAUUUACCGGCACAUGCAAUGAUUUACCGGUACACUGUAUAUGUAAUAAUUUCCUUAUAUAUUAAAGUGGAUUGUGUUCAUUAAUGCAUGAUAUGUUGGUUUGUACAAAAUUUGUUACUGUAUUCUCAGUAGUUGCCGAGAUCUUAGAUCUAUGAUAUGUUUUUUGAUUAUGUCGAUUAUGUAAAACAUAAUUAAAAGUAUUAAAAAAUGUUUCAAGGAUUAUUUUACCAAUGUAAUGAUUUUUCUUGGUAUAUGAUAUUGAAAUAUAGGUAAAUCGAUACGCAAUUUCCGAGUUACCCAAUAGUUUUUCCCCAUUAUGGAACUCUUAUGCACAGUGAGAUGCAAAACAUACUUUCGUCCACACGCAGUGGGUACAAAUGCUUAUUGCUGCCUUCAUAUAUGCCUAAAGGCCGAUUAUCAAACAUAACUUUUAUCCUUAUUUACAUAGCUAGUCUAUAAUAUAUGUAUACAUCUUGUACAUAAACAAGCGUUCAACAGAAUGCUGAACGUACCUCCGUCACAGAAGAGCUGAUAUCUCGGAAGUUGCGUAUUAAAUCUUUACAGAUAUUGUUUAUCUGUGUUGAAAGACACCACCUCUCCCAUUCCAAUUGUUUUGUAUGUCAAUUGAUUAUUUAAAAUUAUCUAUUGAACAUCGGCGUUGAUAACGAUUGACCUUGUUUCAGGAUCUCAGUUUUUGUCAUUUGUAUAGAAAUACAAAUGAAUUCAAUGAAAGAGUUA